UCCCUGAGGAUGACAUUUGAAAACUACAACACAAGUAUGCAGUUCCCCAAUCAAGCCGAUUAUUUCAGUUCCGCACCAUUUUGGGGCAAUGGCCCGACUCCAGGUGCCCUUUAUAACUUCCCAGGCACGUCCACGACCAGCCCCGACAACCUGGCUAUCAAAAGAACACAUACUCCGAUAGUUACGGGCACGUCGGUUCUUGGUUUGCGCUUCAAAGAUGGUGUUUUGAUAGCUGCUGAUUCCUUGGGAUCUUAUGGCUCACUUGCCAAAUUCCGAAAUUGCCAGCGUGUGCUAAAAGUUAAUAAUAACAUUAUUGUUGGUGCUGGUGGUGAUUAUGCUGACUAUCAGUACCUCAAAAGCAUCAUCGAACAGAAGGUUCUGGAUGAACAGUGCCUUGAUGAUGGUUUUACACUCAAGCCAAAGGCUCUUCACUGUUGGUUGACAAGAGUCCUGUACAACAGAAGGUCCAACUUUGAUCCAUUAUGGAACAACUUUAUAAUUGGUGGCAUAGAAAACAACGAGACAUUCUUAGGAACAGUCGACAAAUUGGGAACUGCAUUUAUGGAUUCUGUAAUUGCAACAGGUUAUGGAGCCUACUUGGCUUCUCCAAUUUUAACCAAAGCUUAUGAAGCCAAUAAUCAGAUGAGCGAAGAAGAAGCUACAGAUCUUAUCUACAAAGUCAUGCAAGUUCUUUUCUACCGAGAUGCAAGAUCUUUUCCCAAGUACCACAUUGCAGUAAUCACAAAAGAGAAGGGAGUUGAAAUUAAAGGACCAAUUACUAUCGGGCACAAUUGGGAGGUGGCUGAAUAUGAGCAAACCGAAUAACAUAGAUUUGAAGUAACUUCAAUUUAAAAAAACUCCAAAUUAUUUUUUACAACUAAGAUAUGCAUAUUUCACUUUAUUGUUUUUCACAAAUGAAG